CACAAAAUGAAUACCACAAAGAGUUUGAAGAGUAAAUUUGAAUUGGCUUUUUAAACAAAAAGUCUAUAAACAGUGGUAAAAUAACAGUAACUGGUAUUAUUAACGUGUGGAACGUGCAUAAGAGUGCUAAAUUAUCGAAAAACAAAAAAUCAAAAUGAAAUCUUUUGCUGUAUGUCUUGCUGUCUUGGCCAUUGCUGCCUUUGCUUAUGCUAUGCCCCAACAACGUGAAGGUGCCGCCUAUACCAAUGAGGCUAUACGUCAAGCUCAACAAACUUUCCUGAUACCCAAAGAUGCCCAAAUCCAAAAUGUCCAGGAGGGUAUUGAAUUGGGUGCCUAUGAACAAAUACCCGGCAAUCAACGCAUCAAUCUAUUUGAAAUUUUAGGCGAUCAAGUUCCCUCAGAAGUAAUCAACAACUUACAGGCUCAAGUAGAUCAAAUUGGUAGAAAUUAAAUUUAUUAAUUAGAAAAAAAAAAACUCUUCUUAAUCUUAAAAGCACUUUCAUUACAUUUCAUAUUGUUAUUUAUGAUCGAAAUAAGGUUAUGUUUAAAACGGUAUGUACCGGAUGUAAUCUUACGAAAACAUUGUUGUUAAAUUUUUUUUUGUUAUUUAAAACUUAUUUUUUUUGUUGUUGAAAUUUUUCUGUUUUUGUUUAGUUUUUAAAUAAUAAUAAAAAAAAAAUAAAUAUUUUAGAAAAAAUUUUAUUAUAAAA